AUGGAUCCUGUUAGGGCUGCUGCUCCUUUGCUAUGGUUUUCCCUGUGCUUUGGGAAUAUUGUGGAGGCAGCGGUACUUGGAUCAUUGCAGCACCCCUCCAGCGCAGAUGAUAACGGGCUUGUUUCACAUCUGGAUGAGCAGAGUCGGCGAAAGCCGACCGUGGUGUCCAGGAAAGAGCCUCCGAUAAAUGAUACUAUCGUCCCCCAUGACUAUAUGGUAUCUCUAUACAGGACACUCUCUGAGAUAGAGAAAAGAGGGCUUAACAGCAGUGUUCCUCGCGCCGCAAGUCACGCCAACACCGUGACCAGUUUCGUGGAUCAAGGAAAAGAUCACGCCUCCUGGGGAAGUCGCCAGCGCUAUCUCUUCGACCUCUCCAGCCUGUCCAGGACAGAUGAGCUCGUGGAGGCAGAACUGAGGAUCCUGAGAAAGCCACCGCUGGAUCUCCUUCCUGUGCUGACGUGGGGCGGGAACCUUUAUCGCCUCCUCCUCUACACAUGUUCCUCUGAGGGGAACUCUGGGAGACGGCUGCUGGACUCCAGGAGAGUUGACGUUCUGGACCGCGAGCAUCCCAAAUGGGAUGUCUUUGACGUGUGGGCCAGCGUGAAGGCUCGGCGGAGGAGCCACAGGACAGCAGCAGGCAACGACCUCCUCGUGGCCUGCUUUGACCUGCUGAUCGUUUCGGAGUUGACCAAAGAGGCAGCCAACCCUCUUACAGUAGGGCUGGGACGCCGGUCUCGGCAGCCCCAGGAGAGGGCCUUGCUGGUGGCUUUUUCUCGCACCCGCAGGAAAGAGAACCUGUUCAAGGAGAUCAGGGAGCAGAUGAAGACAGUGCGAAGAGACUUGGGUUUUCUGGACCCUUUGGACCUCUCUGGUGAUGUGGUUGGUCACCUACCCAGGCGACGCCGACGCCGGACUGCCCUCACCAGCCGAUCUAUAGGCGGAGCUGGUGGGGGAGGAGGGGAAGGUGGUGGUGGAGGAGCGGGAGGAGGAAGGGGCGGUGGAGGCGGGGGGCGCAGGAAGACUCGCUGCAGCCGUAGGCCGCUCCACGUCAACUUCAAGGAGUUGGGCUGGGACGACUGGAUCAUCGCACCGCUAGAUUACGAGGCGCACCACUGUGAGGGCGUGUGCGACUUUCCGCUGCGCUCACACCUGGAGCCUACAAAUCACGCCAUCAUUCAGACACUUAUGAAUUCUAUGGACCCUGACUCCAGCCCGCCCAGCUGCUGUGUCCCCUCCAAACUCAGCCCCAUCAGCAUCCUCUACAUUGACUCUGGCAACAAUGUGGUCUACAAGCAGUAUGAGGACAUGGUGGUGGAGAGCUGUGGCUGCAGGUAGCAUAGCGACAGAGAGGGGUGGUGGUGCUAGUCUUGCGUGGCGCUAGUCUUGUCAUUCUGGAAUUUUGGACUGGGGCUUGCAAAGAGAGGAGUCUGAUUGUCUUGUGGGAAAAUACAUUGGUGGUUUAAAGCGCUUGUUAACACACGCCUCCCCCUAUCUCUUCCCCCUAAACUAGCUUUAUUUUGGGAUUUGCUGAAAAAAGUACAAACAAGUAUGCUCAUUACUGAUCUGCCUCUGCUUAAGGGGAACAUAAUCUUAUUUGCUGCUUAAUUUAUUAGAAUUUGUCAUUGAGCUGCCAUUUUAUUUCAUGAGCUCUUUAUCAUUUCUUUACUCAUAACAUGCUCUGGCUCUCUCUAGUCUCACUCUCUCUGUCCCCAUGGCUCUGCAUGUUGUUCGAUGCUGUCAACUUCAGUAAAUGUCUGCUAUGCUUCUGACUUUGGUUCUAGAACACUACUUUAGUAGUGUAUAAAACAUCAGCCAUAGAUUUGAAUUUACUGAGCAGCAGACAGAAUCUGUUGGGAUGAAUAAAAGAAGCCCAGAUUUCUAGCGUUACGACAACAGCGUUAGAGUACAUUUGUGUGCCUAUAUGGAAAACUCAAAAUAACAUAGAGUCAAUUAUUAAAUUAUUUGAUAUCCUUAACUAUCACAAGACAUAGUAAGACAUUUUCUGUCCACUAAACCGCUCCCGUUCUGCUUGCUCUUACCAAAAACAACAUUUCAAAUGUAUGGGAGGACACAAUGAAAAUGACUUUUGUAUAUUGCAGUUUGCAGUUUGCAUCACAUAGCCUACACACUUCUUACUUAAGACACUACCGUCAUCUCUUGGACAUGGUUAAAAGACAGGUUUUAAGAUAAAUGCUGCUGUCAGUAUUGUGAGCAAUCGGGAUAUUGUUAUGCAUCUUUUCAGCAGGACAGAGAACGUCACCCAUUUUCUGGAGUUAUCUGCUGUAGAAACCUCUGUCUAUCAGCCCAAGGUGGAGGAACAGUUAUCUUUAGUUAGGGGUAUGCUAAGGGUCCCAUUUACACAGCUAACUUACAUCAAUAGCUGUGUGUCACCAUGCAUUUGCUUAUAUGCACUCAUUACUAUGCAAAGAUCCGAGGUAUAUGAUAUGGAACAUUUAACAGGAGGUAUGAAAGGCGACAAGGAGAAUUUGAAAGAUAUUUUUAUGGCAUGGCUCUUGAAGACUGAUUUAUUAUUUCUUGCAACUGAGAAAAGUGAGAUGUUUUGCAGGGUAGGCUUUGUACUACAGCUGGUAAUGUAUGUGACUUAAACAAACAGAUCCCGUGAUCACUUGAGAUUGAUAUGGCGAUUCAGUUCCCUAUAAACGGCACAGAACAAAUAGGCUAUAAUGUCCAUAGGAAUCCCUUGUUAGUAAGUGAAAUGGAAUAUUGAAAUUCACUUUUUAGCACUCCAGGUACUGAAUUAUAAGAGCACAUGAUUUUGCAAAAUAAUAUUGAUCAUGUGUUGGUCUUUGGGUGUAAUUUUCACUUAGUGAGUUUUAUCUACUUGCAUGUUAGCCUGGUGGUCCAGGUAUGUUUGUGCUUUAGCCAACUCUUCCCUGCCGUGUUUGUUCAUUGUCAUGCCAAACAUAGGUAUCACGGCAAGAUGUAAGUUAACUCCUGCUUUUCAAAGGUGGUAAUUACGUGUAAAUUCCCCACUGUAUAUUAUUUCACAUAUCCCAGAUGAAUCACAUUAACACAAGGUAAAUAAAUAUGCACACUCAAGACAUAGGAAACAAAACCACUUGCAAAGUGUAAACUAGGCACAGGUCAUAUGUGAUGUCUCCAGGAGAGAACUCUUGUGCAGAUGUUUCAUAGUUUUGGUAAAAGCCUUUUGCUUCAAACUAUCUCGUGAAUGCUUUGGUUGCAACGCUGUUUGUAGUAACGUCAUAUCACCAAGUCUCAGUUUAAAUUAAAUUAUAUUUCCUAUCAUUCCAGUCAAACUCAAUUUUUUAAAUUGAAUUUGAGAUUACCAAACCAUUCUGCGUUGACCCUAGCCUGGUGUAUCCAGAUCUAUAGUUGACCCUAGCCUGGUGUAUCCAGAUCUAUAGUUGACCCUAGCCUGGUGUAUCCAGAUCUAUAGUUUCAUUUUUUGAAGUAGAUAUAUUCCCAUAUUUUUGCACAAAAGGCAAAUAGGUGAUAAUUUAUGACUACAGACUGUGUUUCUAUGUAUGUGGAGUAUUUGUACUGAUAUAAAAUAUGCGAGUCAAAUGUAAUAUACUAAUAUCAUAUUUGAGCGUUUGCUGCUUUUGUUUGGAAUUCUGUUUGUUAAAAUAUUUAAUUUACUUUCUAAUCAAAAUCCAAAGCAGCUUUCUUGCAUUUUGUUACACAUUUUUAAAAUCCAAACCAGAUAUAUAUAUUUUUUACAGUUUUCUUUCACGAUUAUGUUCAACUGAUUUGGUUCUUUAUGAAUUAAAACAAAAUCCAGCUAAACGGACUAUAUUGGCAUUUUGAACUAAGGACUAUGCUCAAAAACAAACCGACCGCAAGAAAAUCUCUGCUUGUGGUUUAUUUUCAAACAGCAGAGGAAAUUCAGUGGCACAAUUUCCAGGGGGCAGAUAAUGCAGCUCCCCCAACAUAAUUGAUAUCACCUAACAGACAUUGAACAAUAGCAAAGUUUCCAUCAAUUUGCAAGAAUUUCUAUAAAUGUUUAAUACAAUUUAAACAUUGAUCAAAUUAAAAGGGGGCGUAAUGAUAUAACUUUCUGUAAACUCCCCUUUUGCACACAUUUUCUAAGAAAAGUGGUUACUAUUUUCACUGAUAGUCACAGUUACCCUCCUUUUUGAAGAUAUUUUCAACUGCAGUGGCAUUCUGCUCAGUGGAAAACAGUUACCAUAGAAUCUUCUUGAUUAACGUGUAUACACUUUAUCUAAAUUACAUCAAUAUGGUAAAGGAUAAUAAAACAAAAGUGUCAGGCAGAAAAUAAACCCCAAAAGCUAAUGUAGUCCAGAGAGUAGCUCCUCUGGUAUGCUGUGCCUUGAUAUCAGAUACAUGUAUAUUUUUCUGCUUUGUUUGUAUGAGUGUCCUAGUACAACUACUUUGUACAAUUGCUUUUUUCUGUUGCUUUGUGAAUCAUCAUGCCAAACACAUUUUCAUGAAAAUGUCAGGACAAGGCAGUGAUUGGACCGUUCCAUACUUCAUUGCAUGUUUACUUCAGCAAGCAUGUCCAUUGUCUUUAAAUAGUAUUCACCCCCUGCACAGUUGUCACAUUUAGUUGCACAUUUUGUGACUGUGACUAAACUUAAAUCUGCUUGAAAAUCUGUGGCAAGACAGAAUUUGGUGUAAAUCAACGAUCCCCAUUCAACUUGGCAAAGCUUGAGCAAUUUUGCCAAGAACAAUGGACACAUGUUGGGAUGUGCUUUGAGUGUGUGGAGUGUUGUGUAAAUCAGUGGGGGAAAAUGCCUCUAAGCCUUAGGCAACAAAAGGUGAAAGCUGUGCAAUGGUUAGGAUGGAUGUUGUUUCGAGACUCAUGGAUGCUUCACGAGUACAAAGUGUUGCUGUGAAUGUAUGAAAGCAUUCUGUCACGAGAUCUGCAUGCUUAAUUCUAAUUUAACCAUAUCAUCAGUUGCAGCUUGAUCUAGGCAAUGUUAAAGUUAGUAUCUGUUAACACUGACAACAUCCUUUUUUUGUAAGCGCAUUUAUUCAUUAUUGAAGUGAGAUUCUGAUAUGAAAUGCCCAGUACUUAACAACAUCUAUGCAAUGUGUAUUUCCCCUAUUCAAAUAUGGUGUCUUCCUCAUACUUUGAAAGGGACAUUAAGAAAAAGGUAGCCUUUCCCUUCCCUUUCACUCCUUUCCACAUUUAUUAAGUGGAUGUUUUUGAAUAAGAGAGCAUUUGCUUUCUGGCAAAAACCCAUAUGAAGUUCACAAACACAAAUUGUAUGAAAGUCAUGUAUGCUUAUGUAUGAGGAUUAUAGUACAAGUAAAAGCUUGGUUAAGCUUAGGAAAAACAUGUCAUGUUUUGUUGAGAAGGGAAAUGUUUGAGAUUUAACCGUUAGACGGCCAUUAGUUCUACAUGUGUUCAUGUAAAAUACACUGUGUGUAUGUAUGUAUUCUAUGGGUUAUAAAGGUCUGUAAAUAAUGUAAUUGUAAAUGAACUGUAAACAGCUCUUUUCUCUUUUGGAAAUAUUUUAUAGUAGUAUAUAUUUUAAAAAUAAGCACACUUUUUAUCCUCAUUUUCUGUUCACCUAGAUUUUUUUGUACAGAUCAUUUUAUUAAAUAUUGGAUUGAUAAUAAUAUGUAUAAUCUUCCUGUCCUCCUGACUGUAAGUGACAUUGAGAGCCUUAGUAAUACAGGUAAGAGCAGAAACAGUGACAACCACAGUUUUCCCUGUAUAGCACUAGCUAGAUUUGAAACAUAGACAUAAAUGGAGACAGGAGCUUUUGACCUUGGGACAAAAGUAACCCAUAGUUGAUGUUGUGGGAUUUGGAUAUGUCAUGAUGUAAUUUUGUUAUAACAAUUUGAUGGAGGCUGAAAAUAAGCUAUCUUAAUGUCAAAAGAAAACAUAAAAGGAAACAAUAUAGGGACUUUGUAAAAUUAUGAUUUGUUGCAGACGAUGGUGGAACAGGAAAGAACCAGAAUAUUUCUGGGAUUUUUUGGUCACCACAAGGAGACCUGCCCCACUAAAGAUACAUUAAACAGUAAUACUUGUUUGAUUUGCCACAAUUCAAUCCACCAGUGCAGGAUUACUACAUUUCCCUCCACAAAAUACCAUUGUCUCAUGGUUUAAAUCAAGUAUAAGCAAAUUAAGGGUUUUUGUCAUUCCCUUUGAUGGGGCCAAAGAGGGAGAUUAAAGUAGGCUUGGUUUACACAGGGAUUCUUUCCUUCAAUAUCUCCACAAUGCAGCUGGUGAUGGUUUUCUCUACAGACAAGUUUCCCUCUGUUUUCCAGAAGUAAAAACUAGCUUGGGGUUUGGGUACGGUAAGAUAUGAUAUUUACCUAAAGCAAAUAUUUGAGCAUGCACAGGUGCUUCGGCUGUCAGUCCAUGGUCAAUGCCAAGUUCCUUCACAGAAAAAAACUAAAUGAUGACCACAAAGGAUAUAACAAGGUGUAGACAAUGCUUAGACCAAGAUUUAGUCCUCAGAAUAACAAUGUUGCUAGUAUUGUAAAACUAACGGCAGUUUCUCCUUCUACUGGCCAUUAAAUGAUACACUUGGGAUACCCAGUGGCAGUCUUGGAAUCCAUAAUUUCUCUCAGAUGGUUAGAAAUGUAGGCCCGCUAGGUGAAAUGUGAAUCCAAUACCUGUUUGAAGAC